CCACCAUGGGACCAUGGUCCGCACUAAUGGCGGACGUCAUGUCUGGUAUUGUUUCGGUGUCGGAGAUAAUUUUAAUAUCGGAUGACGAAGAAAGCACGGAAAAAAAUCACAAAAUACCUACUGCUUCAGACACCAAAGCGAACAUUAGAAAAGAAUCGCACUGUGUAGAUGAAGAGGAUGUGAAAAAUGGCAAAGAGCAAAGUCUGAUCGUCCCGAUAAAGAAGAUCGACGAUCAAGAGCUGCUUCAUCGGGCAAACUAUCAGGUGUCACCUGUACUUGUUAAGAUGACAGCAAGAGCCAAUGAAGUACUAAAAAAGUUUUUAUCAGCAUGCCAACCUCUGAUGCACACUGCCAACGACUGCAAGAUCCUGGACAGCAUUCGCCAUGAUGUCCAGCAAGCCAAUCUGCACUAUUUAGCUUCUGACAAGUUUUACGAUACAGUCAAGUUCCUUGCUGAGAGGGUCACGGAAGACCCGAAGAAUGUGUUUGUAUAUAUAAAGGAACUCAGUGACGAACUUAGAGCUUACAAAGACAAGUGUCCCAAAGCAAAAAAGACUUCUGUGAAUGGUGAAGCGACGCAGAGCAGUGCGCCGAGCGGCGAAGAGGGAAAAGACGUUAAUGGAACAUUGGUGAAACAGUCAAGGUCUAAGACGGCAACUUCGGAGAAUGAGACAAGCAGCGGUGUUGAGCAUGCCCGGGGGGCACAAAGCGAUCGCGACUCAGACAAAAAAGAAGAUGCAAUCCGACGACUUACCCGACACUUAGAAAAGUUAGCAAGAGCUGCCAAGAAACUGGAAGAAAAAGAGGUAGACUGGGAAGAUCCGGACGACGUUAACUCACCGUACCUAAUGGAAAGCCGAAUUAAAGCUAAAGCCAUGAAGGUUUGGCUCAAAAUAUGUGAGCUAGAGGGGAGACGACCGAAGACGGGAAGGGUGAUUGAAAAGAAGCUCAGAUACGGUGGUUCACGGUAUCCAGAAGUCAACAAGAGCAUUGAGAAGUUUGUAAACAAGAAGGGCAUCUUUCCCGACUACACUGACGUGCUCAGUAUCGUAAAGUCGCAGAAUGAAGAAUCGAGCCUCGGUUUAAGAGACUGUCAGGUGCAAAGCGUUGCUGAGGAAGUGUUCAGAGAUGUGGGCAAGCUCCUCCAGGAAAGGAGGCAAAAAGAUGACUUCAGCUUAGCAAUGGCUCGACUGGCCAAUGUUGAGACCGAGGGUGAACUGAAAGAUCCUGCUGAAGGUGACGCAGAACUUGAAACUAAACUUGGUGAAAACUUCACAAAGGCUAAGCAGAGACUGACUGAGGUCAUUGACUCAUUUGUCCACAAACAAAUGGAGAUGAAGCUGGAACCACAGGAAGUAAAAGAAGACGACUGUGACCAGUCUCCACCUCCUAGCCCAAAACCUGAGAAAAAAGAAGGGGAAGAUGAUGGAGAUGAUGGCAAUGAAGAGGAUGAUGAGACUGAAGAUGAAGCAGAUGAGGCAGUCAUAGUACCAAAACGUGAUGAUGACGAUGACGACGAUGAUGACACAGACGAAACAACUGAAGGUGAAGAUGAUACUCAGGAGGGUGAUGAGGAUAACUCUGAAGUGGUAUCUCAAGGUGACACCCAAACCGAAGACUCUCGAACCUCUUUGCCAGAAAAAACUCAUGCUUCGGACCUCAAGAUGGCUGUAGGAGAGACAGAGCACACAGAAUCACCAGACGAAAAGCCAACCACUGACAAAAAAAUUCAUGCUCAAGAAUCUGCAACUCCGCAGGGUACCUCGCCAACAGUCGAUAUGGACAGGACUCAUGGAGGUGUACCCAUAAGCAAGACAGAAUACAAUGAAACAAAAGAAAGAAACGAAGAAGCAGCAACACUAGCAUGUACAAGUCGAGGAGAAGCACAGCAACAGAAGGAAAAGCAACCGGAGAAACCAGAGCCAGAAGUAAUCGAAAUUCCAUCCGAUGAUGACGAUAUUGUAGCUACCCCUGCAAAGAAACCUAAGCUGGCCUAAACCUGGGAUGAUUUACUUCCUGAAAUUGCAUCGACAGUGCUUUCAUCUGUGCGUACAGGAAACAGUAAAGCCUGUGAGUGGGUUAGGCUAGCUGUGGCACUUGUUGAGCUUGACAGUCUUGCACCUUUGAAGAGGUUUGCUGCAGUGGCACACAGUGCCGCACUGGCCUCUCAUCAUGUUACAUGUAACAUAUUUGUGUUGCGUGCGAGGAGGACUCGUUCAGAACUCGUUUCUCCUGCGGAGAAGCUGCGUAUGCUGGCGUUGUUUACAGUGGAAUUGUAGUGGUGUGUUUGCACUUGUACAGUGGGGUUCCUUUUAUACUUAGCACUGGUGUUGGGCUGUCCUGUUUUAUCCUUUUAAGAAGUCAUUUAUGUUUACACACAUGGAAGAACAUGGUAUACUUUUAUCUAGGCUGAGCAAUAUCUGUGGGAAAGCUAUAUGAGAAUUGCACGCUAAACACAGGGGCACGCCUUUUGUUUUAUUUACAAAUGGCUUCAGUGAAAUCGGGGAGGCCUUCACAUAAAAAAUGAACUCCUGGGUGUACACUCAUUGAGUGAGUAUAAAGGUUGUCGAUAGCAAAGGAUGUAGAUGAAGAUACUGCUAUUCAAACUUUCUUCAGGGAUCUGUGUCCCACCUUGUAGGCAGUGUAGGUUCCAGUAACUCGGUUUAAGCCAUUGUCUUUUACUUGCAUGGGUAAGUUAACAUUAUUCCUUUCACCCACAUUUUCUCUGUUGCAGCACCCUCUCUGUUUGUAUGCCUGUGCAGGGCAGCACACAUUUGUGCAGCUCUUUGUACAGUGUUUCAAGCAGCGUUCACUCAUUUGGAGGCGUCUCGUGAUUGAAUACCUUAGAUUUUCCACGAAUUCGGAUGGCAUCAUGCAUGUUGAGUAGCGAUUGAAAUGUUUGAACUAAAAAUAAACACUUAACACAUG